AUGUUCUUCGACCAUGGUAGGUACUGUUUUUGGUUUUUGACUUGCAAACUUUUUUCUAAAAUCCCUUCUCAAUACACAACCGGAUUUUCUGAUUGGAAACGCAUAGGAACUUGUUUAGAAAAUCAUGAAAAUUCUAAUGAGCAUAAGAAAUCAAUGUUAGUGUGGUUGACACGUGAAGGCAACAAGUUAAUUGUAUCAUUAAAAGACUUCGUGAACAACAUAAGGCACCAAUCAGAUCAGAAGCUAAAGGAAUACGAAGAGAAAGCUAAAAAAUUAAGUACUAGUGUGGGAAUAAACUACAAUGACGUAAACAAGAGACGCACUACUCCAAAAUUUUCAGAUAAGUCUACCGAUAAAUUCUCAGUAUACGGCGCAGGAAAAUUUAAAAGAGACACGCUAAACGUUGCGUUAGAUAAGCUGAUUAUGGAUUUAAAUAAAAGGAGCCAAGUGUAUGAGAUGUAUAGCAAGAAAUUCAAAUUUUUAAGGGAUUUGCAUGACAAAAAUAUGGAAAACAUAGAUCUGGAAAGUGUACGUAAUAUUGUUGAUUAUUAUCCAGAUGACGUGGACGAGAAUUUAGUGAAUGAGUGCAUUCAGUUAAAAUCUUAUUUACUUCAGUCUAAGCCAGAGUCUUACACCUCUUGUGUGAAAUUUUUAUGCUAA